CACUUUCUUGUUGUUGCAUGACCUCCAACUCACACAGGAGCCUACUCCCAAACAGCAUUUCCUGCUGGGCCUUCUCCCUCAAUCUUUGUCAUCUACCUUUUCGUGUGUCCGGAAGGUAAUCGUAUCUUCUCCAGAGUCUGAGGUGCUAGCCACCGCUUUCUCGGCAGACGCGCAGUAUGCCACCGGCCUAUCGAUACGAACCGCUGUCCUCUACAAGCUCGGAAAUCCGACUUCUGACGUUGUGGCCUGGCUCGUGGGACGAUGAUAUCUCCUGCACCGUCGACCAUGCCUGUGUCGAUAAUCAUCCAUACUACGAAGCGCUUUCUUACACAUGGGGAGACGCCAACGACACUCGUCCGAUUAGGCUGAAUGGGGGUCCAUUCCAGAUCGCCAAAAACCUGGAAAUUGCGCUCCACUACUUUCGACCUCAACCUGGAGAGCAACCCAGACUCCUAUGGGUAGAUGCUAUAUGCAUCAAUCAAAAAGACCUAGGAGAACGAGGCCAACAGGUCCAGAAGAUGAGACAAAUCUUCACCUCUGCGCGUCGUGUUCUGGCUUGGACUGGAGAAGCCGACGAGGACAGCGCCGGUGUUCUGGAUCUAAUUGACGACAUAGCCAAGAUAAGCCCGCGACACUUGAUGGCAGCAGCACGAGCAUGGUCUACGGAGCCCAUACCACUCCGAGAUGGUGGUGUACUGGACCUGUCGAAAAGAGAUUGGACGUCGUUGUUGAAUUUUUUGGACCGGCCAUACUGGCACAGAGUCUGGAUCGUGCAGGAGCUCACCUCUGCCACACCUCUAGGACCGCUCGAUGCUGGUAAGGAUACGCUCGCUAUAUUUUGCGGCUUCCGCAGUUUCUCCAGAUACGCGUUCGAAAUGGUCUGCGAUUUCUGGGGGUGGGCCUUCACAGGACGCUUCGCCGGCUUCAAGACAGAUGACUUUCAAAGAGGUGCACGGGCACUUUACAUAUACCUUAGCACCAGCGAGGCCUCAAGGUUGGGGAAGGAUCCGUCAUUGAUCGAACUCGUUCGCAGUGUGGGACUUCUUGAAGCCUCGGAUCCUCGUGACAGGGUCUAUGCCGUCCUCGGACUUACGGACCUCGACAAGACGUUGAUCGCGCCUGACUAUACUAAGACAGUGGAGCAGGUCUAUAUCGAUCUCGUCAAGUGCUGCAUAGUGGCGUAUGGCAAUUGCAACAUCCUCUCCGGUAAUCAGACACGGCGGCUCCAUGGUGGUCCGUCCUGGUGUUGCAUUGAUGAAUUUAUGGGAUCAGACCUAAUUGAUUUCGAAGCCGCCGGAAAGACGUCUGCUUGCAUUGACUUCGACGACCAAAAUGGGUCAAUGACGGCGACAGGAUUACAUGUUGGAGCAAUCCGCACGGUUGUGGGUCCCAUGUUCCCCGAUCAGACCUUUCCCGAGGCAUUUGUGGAUAUAGAAGCGUGGAAACAAAUACCUGAAAUGAUUGCGCUGCAGAAGAUAGCGCACUCACUUGGGGAGGCACAACAGGAGACCCUGUGUAGGUGCAUUUUGAUGAAUGCUGGCAUGACUACCGAGCAGAGUGUCUACUCAGAUACGGAAGAAGCCCAUCGCUUUUUCCGCUCCGUUCUAGGGUUGCCGUCCCUUCCUGAUCGCGGUCAACAAGACCCUUUAUCCGCAGUCCAAGCUCAUUAUAGAGUGAUGAUUCACCUUUUGAAAUUGUCAGACAGGCACUUCUUCAUGACACAAUGCGGCAAGAUGGGUAUUGGGCCAUAUGACAUGCAGACCGGUGAUUCCGUCGUCGUGCUCUAUGGGGGAGAUAGCUGCUUCGUCCUCCGAUCAGUGGGAACUCAAUAUACUCUGCAAGGAGAUGCAUAUGUCCAAGGAAUCAUGCAUGGGGAGCUGCUUGAGGAUAUUGGUGAAGAUGGUAAUCCCAAGAACACACGGAAGUUCGUAAUCUGUUAAAGCGCAGAAAGAAAGCAAGAUUGCGACCAUAUGUAGUUGUUGUGGCACCUGAAACUUUCGAACAGUACCCAAAUGGUGACCGG